CUCUUUUCCUGCUCAGUGACUAAGCUGCCGCCGGAGCAAGAUGGAGCUUCCGUCGCUUCUGCCGCCUCCCUCGUUUUGGGCCGCGGGUCCCGCGCCGGGGCAGCUCUACUCGCCUCCUUGCCCGGGCCAGGGGUUCCCGCCCCAGGCCGCAGAAGGAGGGGGAGUCAACAGGACCCUGAGCCCCAUGGUGACGGGCACGUCGGUGCUGGGGGUGAAGUUCGACGGCGGGGUGAUCAUCGCUGCGGACAUGUUGGGCUCCUACGGCUCCCUGGCCCGCUUCCGCAACAUCUCCCGGGUCAUGAAAGUCAACGAUAGCACCGUCUUGGGGGCCUCGGGGGAUUACGCCGAUUUCCAGUACCUCAAGCAAGUCGUCGAUCAGAUGGUGAUCGACGAAGAGCUGCUGGGAGACGGCCACAGCUACAGCCCGAAGGCCAUUCACUCCUGGCUGACCCGAGCCAUGUACAGCCGCCGGUCCAAGAUGAACCCCCUCUGGAACACGGUUGUGAUCGGCGGCUACGCCAACGGAGAGGGUUUCCUAGGUUACGUCGACAUGCUGGGCGUGGCUUACGAAGCUCCGACGCUCGCGACCGGCUACGGCUCUUACGUGGCGCAGCCGUUGAUGAGGGACGCCCUGGAGAAGAAGGGGAGCCUGUCCAGAGACGAGGCCCGAGCCCUCAUCGAGCGCUGCAUGAAAAUCCUCUACUACCGAGACGCCCGCUCCUUCAACAGGUACGAGUUGAUAAUCGUGACGGAGAAAGGCGUGGAGACGGAAGGGCCGCUCACCUCUGAGACCAGCUGGGAAAUAGCCCACCUAGUCAGUGGUUUCGAAUGACGCGGAAGGAAAGGAGGGCCUCCCCUGGCCCCUUCUCUGUCGGGAUGUUCUCCAAAGCUCUUCGACGUUUGACUGAUGGCCAUGCUUAGAUAUCUUUUUGUAAACAAAAUAAA